AUGCACUCAGUAUAUUUCCUGCUGGUCCUUGCUAUUUCAGUAGCAGCGGCACCAAAGAAAGACCAAGACGGUCCCGAGAUGGACAAGGAAGCGACAGAUAAGCUUCCUCCCAUGGAUCCACAGAAAGGAACGUUUUGCAUUCUUGGAGGAUACAACCCAUAUUGUUAUCCUUACUAUUUGAAUUAUGGAUAUUAUUCACCAUUAGGAGGAUUACUUUCACCACUUAUAGGACUGCUUGGAUGGCUUUUGUAA